AUGAUGCCACCCCCCUCGCACGUCCGCGAAUACCCCGUGAUCGAGUGCGACCUCGAGUUCGUGGAGCUCACCAGGUUGGGCGCUCCCCUGGAGGUGUUCUGCGCGGACCCGUCGGAACUGCCGAGCGUCGGCGGGCGGACGACGCCGGAGCACGGGGCGUUCGUGGCCAAGGUGAUGUCGCGCCGCGAGAGCGUCGGCGAAUCCGCGGGCCUGCCCCACGAUUGGAACGGCGGCGGGUUCACGGAGGUGUGGCGACGCGACCCGACGGGCGGCACCGUGGUCGUCCCCGCGCCUUCGGUGGGUGCGUUGCGCGACCACGUCGACGACCUCGUGGCGCUCUCCGACGACUGGUUCGUCCUCGGCUUGCGCUUCGAGGUGGACGCGGAGAUUCGCCGGAGCUUCAACCUCCACGGGUUCAACUCCGUCGCGCGCGGGCACCUCCGAAUCUUCGUGCUGCCCUCCGUCGAAGACCACGGCGUGGCGCGCGUCGUCGUCACGACGGGUGGGGAACACUCGCCCCUGGCUGCAAUCGUGCGAUCGCUGCCGCCGUUCCACGCGGACGAGCCCCCGGCGCUGGACAUGCUCCGCGCGUACGUGGAGGGGCCCACCGCGCCGGCGUUCCCGGGAACGACGCGUGAACCGACGGACGACGAUCGUUCGUCCGACGUCGCGGGUUCGAUUCCGCGAGCCGUCGACGCCGAGCGUGUAUCAGCGAGAACCGCAGAUGGGCUCUUCCCGCAUCAGGCGCGGACGGCGCGGUGGAUGGCGGCGGUGGAGCGCGCGGGGGGUGGUGCACGCGCGGGGGGUGGUGCGCACGUCACGGGUGCCGACGCGGGUGCCGACGCGGGUGCCGACGACGACGCCCGCGCGUUGACGUCGCCCGUGUCGUUCGCGGGCCGGGUCAUGCACCCCGACGGGUCGGAGCACUCGGAAAAAGAAACCCGAGGCAGACUUCGAACCGUCACAAAAGCCGUUACAAAAGCGCAUUUUGAGGGGUCCCGAUCGGGUCCCGACCGCUCGGGUGGGUCGCCGCUGGAGCCGGCGCUGUACCGGGGACCGUACGCCGACAUCGGCGACGCGCUCGCUCGCGCGGCGGCGGCGGCGGCGGCGGACGUCGACGGGGACGAAAACCAAAACCAAAACCAAAACCAAAACCAAAACGGGGACGUCGACGGGGAUGCAAAAUUUGACGAGACGACGGAGAAGGAGCGCCCGCCGAGGUUGCCGCGCGGCGGGCUCGUGGCGCACCCGGUGGGCGCGGGCAAGACGGUCAUCGCCGCCGCGCACUGCGCCCGGGCCAAGAGAGACGACGACCGUUACGACGACCGUUACGACGACCGUUACGACGGGAACACUUUGGUGGUGUGCCCGAAUCACGUGGCGUCGCAGUGGCUCGACGCCCUGCGCGAGUUUGCGCCCAACCUCCGAUGCAGACGCGCGGAUUCGUCGGAUCUAUACACCGGUGACGAACGUCCGGACACCGCACACGCCGCCCGCACGAGUGAGAGUUCGUUCGACCCGAGAGUUUGCGAUACGAGGCCCGUGCGUGACCCGAAGGAGUGGGACGUGCUGGUGUGCUCGCACGAGGACGUCCCAGCGGUGUUUGUCGUUUCGGCCGUUUCUUCCGUUUCUUCGGGCGAUCGGGCCGACGACGAGACGGCGCGUCACCCCCGUCGCGAGCAUCCGCUGUGGGACUACGACGUCCCGAGGUUCUCCGUCGUCGACGCGAGUCUUCGUCCGCGGGUGAGAAACUCGCGGUGGCGUCGUCUCAUCGUCGACGAGCCGCAGGAGCUGAGCUUCGCGUGGCGCGUCGGCCGGCGUUCCGGCGCGGGCGCGUGGCUCACCGAGGUGAUCGCCGCGAGGCACGUGUGGGCGCUCACGGCGACGCCGGGCGCGGGCGCGGGCGGGGGGGGCGACGCGGCGUACGGCGGCGUCCGGGACGUCUGCUCGCUCACGUUCGGCAAGAUGCUGACUCGGCGGGAGUACCGCAUCGUUCGCGCCAGGUGGCACGAGCGGCGGUGCGUGCGGGACCCGCCCAACGCGUGCCUCCCCGUCCCGCCGGUGGAGUUCCACGCGGUUCCCGUGACGCUGACGUGGCACGAGGCGUCCGUCGUGCAGCUGUACGCUGAGGCUUUCGACGCGACGUUCCACGACGUCAUCUCGCUGUGCAGCGGCUUCGGGGACCUGUUGAACGGGGACCUGGUAUCGAGCGGUUUGAACGGCGAAAACUCGACCAUUCGCGGUGGGGUUGAAGGUUCGAUUCCCGACGGGGUCGGCGGCGUUGCGUCUUUCGGCGGUACUCCCGAGACGUCCACCAAAUACGAGUCCAUGGAGCAGUGGGCGACGCGGCACACCGAGACGCAAACGCUGGCGCUCGCAAAACUGGAGCGCAAACGAGAUUCGUUGCUUCGCCAGUUGAAGCGGUUGGACGCUAGGUACGAGGACGACCUGGCGGCUAAAGGCGGGAUAAACCCCUUCGAGCACCUCGACGACCUGAUGACCGAGGAGGCGCUCGCGGACAGGCCCGCGUGGGAGGAGGUGCCGACGGACGACGCCGCGUGGGACGGCGGCGGCGGCACCUUGGACCUGCGCAAGAUGCGCGCGGCGCUGGCGGAGGAGUCCGCGGCGGCGGCAGCGGCACAGCUGUCGGCGAAUCUUCCAGAAUCUUCCGUCGAAGACGACGACCUCGACGACCUCGACGACCUCGACGACCUCGACGACCUCGACGAAAGGUCCCAGGGCCCUGAGCCCCCUCGCGAUCCCCCCACGUUGUCGGACAUAUCGCUCGCCAUCCGGAAAGAUCUAGACGCGGUGAACCACGCGCUCGAUCGCUCCCGCAGGGCGCUCGCGUUCGUCGCCGCCGCCGCCGCUCGCCUUCGCGAUCCAAACGCCGAGUGCGCGGUUUGCCUCGAACGCCUGGCCGGUAAAAGCGUCACCGUCCUCCGGUGCCUCCACCAUUUCGACGGGCAGUGCGUGGCGAGGCUGCUCGCGGCGUCCUCCGCUCGGGGGGGAGGCGGGGCGUCGGCGCGGACGGUGACGUGCCCCCUGUGCAGGGUACCCACCAGGCGCGGGAACAUGUGCACGUUCGUUCACCGUCGGUCCCGCGGGGACGGGGACGGGGACGAAAAGUCGGCACCCGGGGACGACGCGGACGGGGACGACGGGGACGGGGACGAAAACCAAAACCAAAACCAAAACCAAAACGGCGGCUCCAAACCCGCGGCACUCGCCGACCUCCUCGACGGGAUCCUCCGCGCCAACCCGGACGACAAGGUGGUGGUGUUCGCGCAACGUCCGGAGACGGUCGCGGCGAUCGCGGCGCGCGUCGAGGCGGCCGUCGCCGCGAGGCUUCCGACGACCGAGAUAGCGUCGACAACCGAAGGAACGGGUACGGACGGAUCGGAGGUAUCGGCGGGAUCUCGGAGUUCCCCGGUCGUCGUCACCCUGCUCGGCUCCGCGUCCGCGCGCGCCGCCGCGGUGGAGGCGUUCCAAUCCCCGUCCCCGGGUGCCGACUUUUCGUCCCCGAGGGUCAUGUGCCUCGCGUUUGGCUCCCACGCGUCGGGUCUCAACCUGCACAGGGCGAACCACGUCGUGAUUGUGCACCCCUUCGCGGCGAAGAGCGUGUGCCCGGGGGCGCCGGACCUGACCCCCCUCGCCCAGGCCGCCGCGUACGAGAGACAGGCGGUGGGGAGGAUCGCGAGGUACCCGCAGCGUAAGACGUGUCACGCGUACAGGAUGUUCGCCGUCGGAACCGUGGAGGAGGAACUCUACGCCGUCUGGGGGCUCGUCUAG